AUGGCCAGAAAUGUCUGCAUCCCGCUAAAUUCUUCCGAACCCCUCAACCCAUCCCGACCCUACCCCAAACCCCAUCUCCAUCUUCACGAUACACCCGUCCCGACCCUACCCCAAACCCCAUCUCCAUCUUCACGAUACACCCGUCCCGACCCUACCCCAAACCCCAUCUCCAUCUUCACGAUACACCCGUCCCGACCCUACCCCAAAACCCAUCUCCAUCUUCACGAUACACCCGUCCCGACCCUACCCCAAACCCCAUCUCCAUCUUCACGAUACACCCGUCCCGACCCUACCACAAAACCCAUCUCCAUCUUCACGAUACACCCGUCCCGACCCUACCCCAAACCCCAUCUCCAUCUUCACGAUACACCCGUCCCGACCCUACCCCAAAACCCAUCUCCAUCUUCACGAUACACCCGUCCCGACCCUACCCCAAACCCCAUCUCCAUCUUCACGAUACACCCGUCCCGACCCUACCCCAAACCCCAUCUCCAUCUUCACGAUACACCCGUCCCGACCCUACCACAAAACCCAUCUCCAUCUUCACGAUACACCCGUCCCGACCCUACCCCAAACCCCAUCUCCAUCUUCACGAUACACCCGUCCCGACCCUACCCCAAAACCCAUCUCCAUCUUCACGAUACACCCGUCCCGACCCUACCCCAAACCCCAUCUCCAUCUUCACGAUACACCCGUCCCGACCCUACCCCAAACCCCACCUCCAUCUUGAUGGUUUCAAACAUUUUAUAA